UUUUCUCUCUGCAAAAAAAAUGAAAUUCUCAGUGAUGAAAAAUGCUGUGAAAGCUUCCUUCAAAAGGAAUUGGACAAGACAAGACUUGAUGAAUUCUGGAAAAAUCUCCAUGCAUGCUUACAGAAGCUUGAAGAGGGUGUAUCUUACUUUCUUCUGUGCCAUGUUGAGUUUUACUUUUGGAUCCUUCUUGCACUGGAUCUGGGAAGCGGGAGGGCCGGUCACAGUUAUUUCUUCUGUAGCAAGUUUACUCUGGCUGUACAUUACAGCACCAUGGAGAGUGAGGAAGAGGGUUUUACUCUUGCUGUAUGCUGUCUUUAACUUGGGCGCUUCUUUUGGCCUUAUUAUCCAACAUCUCACCGAAAUGGAACAAGCCCUCGCUUUCGGCCUUUUGGUAGGUUCAACAAUUGGCAUUGGAACUUUCUGGUUUGUAGCCUUGAUAACGAGGGAAAGGGGAGAAAUCUACAAGGGAACCCUGCUUUAUUCUGGUGCUAUAAUAUUCUCCGGCGUUUGUGUUUAUGCUUUAGAUAUCCUUGACAGCCACAUAGCUCAUUGGAUGUUAGUGGUAUACACUCUGCAUGCAUUGUUCAUGGGGUACCUUGUGGUAUAUAGCCAAGAGAUACUUUACGAUGCUCGCUUUGGAGAUAUUGACUUUGUCAAUUGCACAUUUACCGUCUUCCUACAUUUACCGGCUAUAGUGGUCCAUGCUGUAAGACUAUGCCUGGGUGCAGAAAUUCAGCAACACAGACGGAACUAA